CCUGGAAAGUUCAUAGAAAGUGGCCUUUUUUUAUCUGCAGGCUGAGCGGUGUCUUGCACGAACUUUAUCUUCUAAACACUACAAAUGCAACGAGAUUCGGCACUGGAAACCCCUAAGCAGCUAAUAUCCUGCGUACCCGAAUUCAUUUUUGUAAAUAUAUAUAUACAUACAUAUAUUGUUGACUUGCAGUCAAAAUACGCGUCCCAGUGUACGACCAGUAAUAUUCGUGCUGUAGUAAUCCGAUAAGGUUGUACGAAAGAUAUUUCUAUUUCACAAAAUUACGUAUUCGUGAAUCUCAACGUGUUAAGUUGCCAUCGAAUUUUGUUAAUUUUAUUUAUUUAUUAUUUUUUUACAACAUUUUGUUGAAAUUGAAAUGGAUGUGUUUGUAAGCUUGCUGUUAAAUCGGCCUUCCGCAUUGCCCUUUGUGGAACAAGUCUCACUUUUUGAGUGAAAAUAUAUUUUCGACCUGGGUCAACUUUGUGCUCCGAAAACAUAAGAGAAAAACAUUUAUUAAUGGCUUGACUUAACAUCUUCUCCUGGGUGCACAGGUGGAAGAGAAGAUACGGUUGGAUGGCAACUAGUACAAAGAGUUGCCCCAAAUUCGGUUAGUGUCAAAGGAUAUACACACAUCGAUUUAUUUCAGUAUUUGUUGGAUGCAAGACGUUGAUUCCUGGGAGUUUUCAAAUGACCGGCCUUUCAUCAGAUUCCACAGAAACCAUAGCAAAUGAGGCGAGAUCGGAAACGGAAUCCAGAGCUGUAGAUUCAGAUCAGAACCGCAUUGCAGUCGCCACGGGGGAACUGAAAAGAGCAGGUUGGUACUGGGGUAAUCUGACAGCUAAUGAAGCCAAAGAGAUAUUGCAGGACACCACUGAGGGAACCUUCCUAGUCAGGGACAGCUCGCAGCAGGACUACCUGUUCACCAUUUCUGCAAAAACUUCAGUGGGACCAACCAACUUGCGCAUCGAGUACAGAGAUGGCAAGUUCAGGCUGGACUCUGUUUUGUUCAUCAAACCCAGACUCAAGCAGUUUGACACUGUGGUGCCUCUUGUAGAACAUUAUGUAUAUCUGUCCCGGAUUUCUAAAAGCUCGGAGUCGGCAUCACCACUCAACGGCACAGUGCAGCUCUUGUUGACCAACCCUAUUUAUGCUUCAACUCCAUCUCUGCAGCAUCUCUGCAGAAUCUCCAUUAACAAGGCUACUAAGAGGAUAGAGGAACUGCCUUUACCAAACAGGAUAAAAAAUUACUUGACAGAGUACACGUAUCUUGUGUGAGAGCCGUGUUCCAGUACAAUAUGUGCAAUAAGAACAGUAUCUAAUACAUUUAUUGUGCUUAAUUACCCAGAGUUGACAUAUUGUGACACAUUUUUGCCCUGUAAUAAAUGCAAUUAAAAUAAGUAUGCAGUUUGCAAAAUAGAAAAAAAUAAAACAUUUUAUUAAGCUAAAAUGUAUAUCACUUUUUUAACGAAUACUUUUGGAAUAAAAUAUAGUGUUUUUUUUUUUUUUUUACAUGCUUCUGACUAUUCUGUUUUGUGGUUUGUUGGUUGGAGCAAGAGUUCUGCUGACUCAGUGGAGAUGCUACAGCAGGUACGAUGCUUGCUAUAUACAUUUUACUAAUUUGUUUUUACAAUUGUAAUGGCUGUACCAGAUAACUGGAUCUAUUUAGAUGGUAUCUUUUCCCUCUGCAAGCCCCCCAACCCCCCCCCCCUUUCUGUGUGCCUGAGUUGUGCCAACUGCUAAUGCCAGUUCAUUUUGUUAAUUUGUUUUAAUGAAAUACAGUAUGAGCAAAAGGUUGUGUGUUCAAAUAGGUUGUUGGGAAAAGUGACAUUUCCCCAACCACAAAUAUAUUGCAGUUCUGUAGGUGGCAGAUAAAGUUAUUUGGUUUCUUUAUGAAUCAUUUUUAUCAUUUAAAUUAUGAUUAAAAUAAAAAAUGCUGCAUGGUAUUGAUGUUUUUGUGUCUUAAAGAGGCAGCGGAGAGGCAUCGUAUUGAGGCUAUAAAAAGGUGCUAAAUGUAUAUUUUCUUUAAUCAAGUGAUUUGGUGAAAUUUGUAAGUUCUCGUGUACAGUACAUUUUAUUUUAUUUUAUUGUAUACCAUAUAGGCUACUUUAGUACUCUGAUAAUGGAUGUACAAAUUUGAAAUAAAGGAUCAUUACUAGUGA